AUGUACUCACCUUUUCAUAAACUCUUAAUGAAGAGCCAAGGGUCCUUUAUUAACAGACCCCUGGUUUCAUAUUACUUUAUCCUUUCAUAUUAUUACUCUUUACUUGCCAGCACUAUCGGUUUCUUUAGUACACUGUUUUACAGUCGUUCAGUGUAUCACACUGGAAAAGUCGGAGAAAGAGUCCCAACCCUGAAUGCAGUACGAGAAGUAGAAGAACUUUUAAAGCACCAUGGAUUUCUAAACGAUGGAACACCAGAGGAAGCAUAUAACGCCCAGAAUUACCUGGAUACAUUCUCGUUUGAUUUUAAAAAUGUAAUGAAAAAUAAAGAGGAAAAGCUCAAAACAUCCACAAUUUCAAGUGAUGGAGACACGACGUUUGUUACGGAUGACUGUCCGAUUGGUGACGAUGAUGAUGAUUUUUCUUUAUCGGAUUUGGACGAAUUCGUCUCUUUAAUGCAAAAUUGUAAAAUGGAAGAGUAA